AUGUAUACAGGAUUGGCGUUAAAAGGGUAUUAUUUGCCUUAGAUUAAUUCACCAUGUGUAUGUAACAAGUGAUUAUCUUCUUGGAGUGGCUUUGAAAAAGUUUUUCUCAUAAAAAUAGGCUGAUAUUAAAAUUGCUUAUUUGAUAAGAAACGCUACUAAAAUUGACUUAUACAGAGAGCUAAGUCAAAUAUUAGGAUAAGAACAAGAUUUGGGAUUUACAUCUGAAAAACUCCCAAAUCGAGAAUGGUUAAUCAAUGUUCUUUAUAUUAUUUCUCCCAAUCAUCGAUAUUUUUAUGAGCCUUCUUAAAAUCUCCUCACAGGAAUGUCUCAAUAAGACAUUUAGUAUUAAAAUUAUAUAACUUAUAGAAAAUUAAAAGAGUUAAAUACAUCCUUAUUUAGAACUAAAAUAUUAAGAUUUUUUAAAACCACUCUUAAUUAAAGAUUAGAUAAAAGAUAAUAAAAAUUGAAAGACUAAAUGAAUAAAUUGAAAACAUAAUUAGAGGAAGAUAAAAUGAACCAAACAAAUAGGAUAGGUAAAUUAUACUUUUAGAUACAUAAUUGUAAGAAUUGAAAGCAAUCUAACAACAAAACCAAAGAUAAAUUAGGGUCAUAAGCUUUUAGAGAUAACUUCAAUUUGCAAGAAGAAUUGUUUAGUGAAUGAUUUAUCAAUACUUAAUUAUUG